ACAUUAAACCCCAUGAUUGCGUUUGGAUUGCCAUUGGAUCAUACUUCCAAUUUCCCUUGUCUGAUAAACUCCAUAGAAAGAAGAGCUUUGUGAAUCAACAAGGUUGGGAGCCCGUUGUCUACAACAUUUCUAAGAUGAAAACAAUGUAGAGUGUGCGAAAAAACCAAACAAACACCCUAAGACUUAAAACCAGAUACUCUUAUGGGGACAAAACUGAAAGGUGAGGUAUGUAGCUAAGCUCAGAGUGAACAGGGAAACCCAAGGUACAUGGCAGACAACAUCACUCCUGCCAAUCUAAAAUGUUUAGUGCAUUGAUUCUGAAAAUCCUGGCUUGGCUGCUUCUAACCGUUCCUUUCUUUUGGAGAAGGGAUGCGUUUUAUUUAUUCUCCUGUUGCAGAGAACAUAUAGUCUCAGCAUUUCAAAUCCUAUUUGAGCCAAAGGGAAUCAACUCCCAGGUAAGCAGAGGUAAGUAAGAUUGCUCUGCGGACCGUGAGCAUCUCACAGGGCUUGGGACAGGUCCCUUCCCAGCCUGUGUGUGUAUAUAUAAUCUAUGUGUGUGUGUGUGUGUGUCAUGUGUGUGUGUUUGUGUUUGCUCUCUCUAGGAGGGAGGCUGAGCUUCCUUCUGACUGACAGUAACUGGGACUUCCUGUGUGGAUAUUGCUCUUGCUGCCUUUGCUGCUGCUAGUGGAAGAGAGACUUAACGCUUUGUGUGCAAGGAGUGUGCAAAAGUGGAGUUGGGGGAGGGAAGCCUGGUCAAUGUGACGGUGGCUGCAUCUUUUGUCUUUUCCUCUCUCCCUUGGCUGGGGCUUUUCCAAGAAGAUAGGAAGAAGGGUGCUAGGAAGGAGGACCCACCAGGAUCCAGCUUGUCAAGAGGAAGAGGAGGAGGCUGCACUGCGGAAUAACAGGAGAGGAAGAGGCUGUGGCUACCACUGCUCCUUGUCUCCCAUCCAAACAUCCAGGUUUGUUGCUUGUUUACUGUCACAAAGAUGGCUGCUUCGUCCUCCUGCAAUUUGGAAGACGACGAGAGCCUGAAGGGAUGUGAACUCUAUGUUCAGAAGCACAACAUCCAGCAGAUCCUGAAGGAGUGCAUCGUGAACCUCUGUAUAGCAAAACCUGAUCGACCGAUGAAGUUCUUGCGCGAACACUUUGAGAAACUGGAGAAGGAAGAAUGCAAACAGAUCUUGGCUUGGCAGAAAUCCAGUUCCCAGUCCGAUUCUCACGAUGACGAAAUCUCUCCUCCACCUCCGAACCCAGUGGUCAAGGCACGACGCAGGAGGGGCGGCGUCAGCGCUGAGGUCUACACUGAAGAAGAUGCGGUUUCUUAUGUCAGGAAGGUUAUUCCCAAGGACUAUAAGACGAUGACUGCCCUGGCAAAGGCCAUCUCCAAAAAUGUGCUCUUUGCUCACCUGGAUGAUAAUGAGAGAAGUGACAUUUUUGAUGCUAUGUUCCCUGUUACACACAUUGCGGGAGAAACCGUCAUACAACAGGGUGAUGAAGGAGACAAUUUUUAUGUGAUUGAUCAAGGAGAAGUGGAUGUAUAUGUGAAUGGAGAAUGGGUGACCAGCAUCGGAGAAGGGGGCAGCUUUGGUGAACUUGCGCUCAUCUAUGGGACGCCAAGAGCUGCGACUGUCAAAGCCAAGACCGACCUCAAACUCUGGGGCAUUGACCGCGAUAGCUACAGGCGCAUUUUAAUGGGCAGCACACUGAGAAAACGAAAGAUGUAUGAAGAAUUCCUCAGCAAAGUCUCCAUUUUAGAAUCAUUGGACAAAUGGGAGAGACUGACAGUGGCCGAUGCGCUAGAACCUGUCCAGUUUGAAGACGGAGAGAAAAUUGUUGUCCAGGGAGAGCCAGGGGAUGACUUUUUCAUCAUCACAGAGGGCACAGCAUCUGUCCUUCAGCGUAGGUCUGAUAAGGAGGAAUAUGUGGAAGUUGGACGCCUUGGACCAUCGGAUUAUUUUGGUGAAAUCGCCCUCUUGCUCAACCGGCCCCGGGCUGCUACGGUGGUGGCCCGUGGUCCUCUGAAGUGUGUCAAGCUGGACCGUCCUCGCUUUGAACGGGUCCUGGGCCCCUGCUCAGAAAUCCUCAAGAGGAACAUCCAGAGAUACAAUAGUUUCAUUUCCCUCACUGUUUAAGUGAUUCCGGUUGCCAUCCUUUGUGUUAAAAUCUCUGCACUUCAAACUCCACCUGUGCCGUUCCAUAGCUUUGCAACGAAAUCACGAGAGAUGCACAUUUCAUGUAUGUUUUUUAAAUGUUCAUGUCAGGUGUGCUGGAUGUCCAAUCAUCAUCUAUUUGUUUGAGAAGGGUAGGCAACAGAGAUAUGGGUGGAAAUGGCAUUAGAAAAUUGAAGGGGGUUUAACUUUGAGGUGCAUUCCAGAGCAUCCAUCACCAUCUCCCUUCUUCCCACUUUAAUAAUGUAAUUUUCAGUGCUGAAAGCAAGCUAGGUCUCUGUUCCAGCAUUUCAUUUAUUUACUCUAGUACUGAAAGCCACUCCUUUUAAACUGGAACAACCCCUUCCUACCCCUUCCAGAUGUUGCCUAACUAGUUAUCCCAUUGUUCCUCACUAUUGCAGAGGCUAUCUAAGGAUGGUCUCCAGAACUUGGAAAAUUUGGGGGUCCCCCCCCCCCCCCGUACAACUCCCAGCCUUGCUGGUUGAGGUAUUCAGAAUGGUGCAUUCUUUCAAUAAUCACUGUUCUAAGCUCUGGCUAAAUCUGAUGAAGCUUGGAGUCCAGAAAAAAAUCUAGAUAGCCAUACAAUUUUGUUAAUGGAGUGGGAUGGUUGCCAAGGCUCCAUGUGGCAAAAAUGCCAGUUUAACAUUCAUCUGGGAAUUCCUGAAGAAAUGGAGCCCCUAUCUAACAAGGAGCAGCAUGCAAAGAAAUCUUUGAAGGUCUUAGGCUUUAAUUCUCUCCCCCAAUGGCCAUGAAUUAUAUUUCAAAUAGAGCCGCACUCCAGCACAUGAUUCCCCUGCAGAACUGCAAAGUGAAGAUGCCCAGCAGUUUGCAAAGGCACAAGCAGGUUUCCUUUGCUUCCUUUUGGGCCAGCCUAGCCUAUUCCUGCCUAGCUGGGGCAAUAGAGCAGAAGCCUGAAAAGUGGUUGGAGACGCACUCCUGUGCAUCAGAGCUUCUUCCCACAGCCUGGAAAGGUUACUUUUAAAUACCAUAACUCCUUGUAUCUCCCAACCAUCAUAUCCUGGGAGAUACUUGAUGUUGCAAUCCAAAAAUUAAAUUGAGAACAGCCUUUGAGAAUGCAGACAGUGGGCAUCUCUGUUUUAGGACAAAAAGAAGAUCUGAGGUCACUGUGAGAUCACCACUUUAACCAAUGGUAACUUACCACCAUCAGGGACGGGUGAGGAUUUUGUUUCGGUUUGCUUUUGAUCAGAUUGUACCAGCAUUUGCAAAGUGUGAAAAUGAGAGAAAGCAAAAUUGACAGGUUCUCCCACCUCAGCCCCUAUGUGCAAGCAGUGACAUGGAAAGGCAAGAACUAGCAUCCGGUACAGUAUGUACGAUGUUGUAAGUCAAGCUUAGCAAUUCAUAAAUAUUGCAGUUCAUAGUUAUGGUUGUGGCACCAUUGCAAUGGCUGAAGAUGCCCACCCCGGACCAACUUUAGAAGCUACACACGUUGGCAAGAUCUUUUCAUUCUGCUCCAUCCUGGUGGGAUAGGGCUGGACAUGUCGCCAUUCAGCACCCUGCUCUCCAGUGCCUCAGAAUGUGUUCCAUUUAUCAAUCUAUCUGGCUCUUCGAAUUGGAAGAUGCAGCUAUAGAGGUUAUGGGGGGGGGGAUCAAAUCUGAAGAUAUAGCUGUGAUAAGGAAGCUCUGUCUGAGGAUGCAAAAUAUCAGUCAAGGUUGCUCUGCCUGGUAAAGAGAAGAAUCUUGCCACUCCUGCAUCUCUGCAUUUCUGACUGAAAGUAAUCUGUGGUAGGAUUUGCAUCUCACCUGAUUAGGAUAAAACAGGUGACUAGUUUACCAGUUCUAUGCAUACCAUGAUACCGCUUGACCAUCUAUGUGACUCCAUGUCCAUUUGGAGAUGAGGAAAUUUUUGAAUUUGUAGGAUUAGUAUCUGAAGGUUUGAAUGAAAUGCUGUAACUUUUUCAUGCAUCACAAAUUUGCAACUGCUGGUCUUUGCAGGGCAUGGCUCAUUUUUCACCCUCAAUGUGAGUUUAGUCACUGUUUGCAACAUGUUCCAGUUGAAAUAUGACACCCAGAAAUCUGAAAAGACGUCAUUUCAAAGCAUUUACAACAAACACUUCUACAUUUUUAGCUAGAUUGUCAUCCUGCCAAACUAACCCGUCUGCCAUGGAUUCCUUGUCGAAGGAAAGUAAAUAACAUGGUGUAAAAUAGGUGUGGGAGAGCCAGCAUAGUGAUUUGAGUGUUAAACUGUGACUCUGGAGACCAGGGUUCGAUUCACACUCGGUCAUGAAACCCACUGGGUGCCCUUGGACAAGUCACAAGCUCUCGGCCUCAGGAGAAA